CAGCCCAGCCCAGCCCAGGCAGCUGCCGGCCCCGCUCCGCCGCCAUCGCCAUGAGCUUCUUGUUUGGCAGUCGCUCUUCCAAAACCUUCAAACCAAAGAAGAAUAUUCCAGAGGGGUCUCACCAGUAUGAGCUGCUAAAACAUGCCGAAGCCACGCUUGGAAGCGGUAAUCUCCGGAUGGCUGUCAUGCUUCCAGAGGGUGAAGACUUAAAUGAAUGGGUUGCGGUUAACACUGUGGACUUCUUCAACCAGAUCAACAUGCUUUAUGGAACCAUUACAGACUUCUGUACAGAGGAGAGCUGCCCUGUGAUGUCUGCUGGCCCAAAAUAUGAGUACCACUGGGCAGAUGGGACAAACAUAAAGAAACCAAUUAAGUGCUCUGCACCAAAGUACAUUGAUUACCUGAUGACUUGGGUCCAGGAUCAGCUGGAUGAUGAAACGCUAUUUCCUUCUAAAAUAGGUGUACCAUUCCCAAAGAAUUUCAUGUCAGUGGCAAAGACAAUUUUAAAGCGUCUCUUCAGAGUUUAUGCUCAUAUUUAUCACCAGCACUUUGAUCCAGUAAUCCAGCUACAGGAAGAGGCACACCUUAACACUUCUUUCAAGCACUUUAUAUUUUUUGUUCAGGAAUUCAACCUUAUUGAUAGAAGAGAACUUGCACCACUUCAAGAACUGAUUGAAAAACUCACCUCUAAGGACAGAUAAAAGGAAUAGGAUUUCUUGAAGUUACUUAUUUCUUUAAGCAAGCGUGUGGUAUUGUUUUUUGUUCAUGUGUCUUUUUUUUUUAAAUCCAAUACGAAAACCUGUGCUGUUACUCAUGACAGCAAAGAUCCACUUCCUGUGCUUUUAUUAGGGGAAAUCUUUUUAUCUGUUAGUGACAUGCAGUAAAUAGCAUUUUUUUGUUUGUUUUGGUUUGGUUUUUUGUAUAGUUACUCAUUGUGGAUUUUUAGCAGGUGCUGAGUGUUGAUACCAGAAACAUGCUUGGUUGGGGGACGGACUCUGCUGGUGGAUGGGUUCUUGUGUUGUGUCAGUGGUAGCCCAUUCUCAUGAAGUCCCUGGAAGACUUGCUUACAUUCUCUUAAGUGCCUUGGCAAACUCACUUCUGAGGUGCAAAGCACAUACAAUACUGAGCAUUGCUGGAAACAGAAAAUAUGAACUAACACCCAGGACACUUAGUGAUACUUCUUUUAGAAAAAAUAUAUAUAUGCUUACACUAAAAAAAAAAGCCAUAACUUAGUGAAAUCAAUGAUCUCCAGCUUUUAAUACCAAUAUUUGUCUUAUUUUUGUAGAGAUGAAUAUAGAUUUUUUUUUUCCAAAGUAGGUAUUUCUUUUAUAAGUUGAUGAAGUUCUAGUGGCUAAAGUGAAACAAUGAAGGUUGUGUCAAAAUAGUAAAGAACAUGUGCUUAGUACAUGUCUGUUGCCAUUGAUUUUGGCUUUUCAUGGUUGCUUUCAUUUUUUUAACAGGGAAUCAUCAACUUGGGUCAGUCACUAAGUUUCCUAGCAUUUGCCAAAUGAACCAUUAGUUUGCACAAAUAGAGUUAGGGAAACUAUUCAAUAUAUUAAAAAAAAAUGCACUAGGGUAAUACUAAGAAAAAGUCUGGCUUGAAAAAUAACUAACAAAAUGUUAGGAAUAAAAAGCCUGGUUGUGUGGAGGAGCUCUGGUGGCCAGUGUUUCCGGUGGUAGGAAACGUAUCCUGGAGGAUAUAUAGCACCGUGGACCACUUUGGAUUUGCAUGAGUGUGAGGGUGUUUUCCCCCAUUUAAAAUUGCAGCCUGUCUCCAAGGAACUACUGCAGCAUUUGGGAAAAGUAAUAGGAACAUACUGGUGAAUUGUUAGUGGUUUGUAAUUUGGUAAGUGCAACUUCUGCUUCUGAGAGAACUGAACCAAAACAUAGCCUUCCUCCCCCUGAGUCAGUGUCUGCUCUUCUCUAGCCUUGCCUUUUCUCAGACCAAAAAUGAGAAGUUAACCUCUGAGGUGAUCUACAGUGCUGAGUCAGGUGGGAAAUACUGUGCAGCAGCCUGCAAAAUAUAUGUAAGUGGCAUUAGUAUAGCCAGCUAAUCAACAUCUAAGCAUAGUAACAAACAUGCCCUCAUUUGGGAGACUGUAAUCACUACUUCUGAGCUAAAAAGAGGUAUUUCAUAAGCUUCUGUAGGUUAUUUUAAGAACUAUGUUAUCUUCAGUGCAGUUACAUUUCCUAGUCUGUUUAAAUGUUUUGUUACCUCUUCUGUGUCUCCCUUUAACAAACUCCUAGUUUAAAAUGGUGGAGUAGAGUCUUCUCCCUUCUCAGUCAGUAAAGAUCUUGACUCUUCCAUGUGUGUACACAAAUGUGGGAGAAGAAGAGGGGAGAUGCUCAACGUCUGUCACCUCUUCAGCAAGUUGGGGGCUGGAAAAAUAAGCAUGAGGCAGGAGAAAAUCAGAGGCAAAGUGAAAGAAGAAGCAGGAGCACAAUUUUCUUUCCUUUGGCAAGUCACCUGUGACUGCAGUAUUCACCUCACUGGUUUUGUCAGUCUUCCUGUUUGUAGGACAUACCUGGUCUGGCAAACACUAGAUUUCCCCAUGAAAUUCUGUUGGCCAGUGGAAGGGUCAGUCAGUGCUGUAGCACCUAAGUGCUGCUAUCUGCGGUUGAGUAAUGGGCUGAUGGGAGGAGCUGCCAUGGGCAGAAUACCUCGUGUGUUGGAGUGGGCAAGUACCAGCUUGCUGAGCAGUUGGAGAAAACCAUUCCUUUGGUAUGCACCAUCCCUUCUUUGUACUGGGUAGCUGGGAAUCCAGUACUUGAGUGCCAAUGUGCAUCAUCUGUGAGGUCUGAGCUGCCGGGUUUCUUUACCUGACCUCCCAUCUGGAGGUGACCACAGGAGCCUGGUUUGGAAGCAGUGGGACAGCAGCGGUAGCUUCGGGUGCAGGGUCAGAGGGCUCUCUUGCUUCAGGACUGAAUAAUAUAGAAGACCAUCAUCUUUUUUCAGAGUUAGGGGAGAUGUCACUGCCCACCUGACUAUUCAAAAGUAGCCCAACUCCCAAAUUGUACCUGCAGCAUUUUAAACAGGCUGGAGUUGUGCAGCAAGCUGAAUUUGAGAAUGUGAUCUUGGACAUGCAGCCUUUUAUGCAUGCUUCUGUCUGAUGAGCAUUCAGUGAUGUAAAAUUUCCAGCUACAGAGGUGCAUAGAGUGCUUCAGAUGCAGUUUGAUCUGAAAACAUCUGUAAACUAUCCCUGGUAGACUGCUGUGGUGAGAGGAGUCAGUGCUGCCCAGGAGGCUGCAUUUGCACAGUCCCUGUGCUGAUAACUCUGACUGGAGAGAAGCCUUUUAACCAGGGCUGGGAGAGGGAGAGCAGCAGAAGCCUGUUCCAAGGUGCUCAGGAGGAGAUAGAUCCUCCUCCUUUCAUUGGCUUGAUGUCAUGUAACAGCAAAAAAAACUCAAAAGAAAAACAUUUAGAAGUGAGGAUUAGGUUGAAGUGAUACCAGUGCAAUAGUUCUUACUUUUGGCAUACUUAGACUCUGGAAGGUUGGGGUUGGUUUUUUUUUGGUUGUUUUUUGUAAAAUGGCCAAUUCUAAAAAUUCAGAGAUAUCUUCUGCAGUUCAGCCAAUCAGAAUUAUAAUGUAGUAUGUAACAAGAAUUAGUCUUACAUGGAUAGUGUAAUUUUUUUAUUUAAUAUCUGGCAGUUAAACACUUUAACAGAAUAGAUUCUAGGCGUGUAAUAAAAGCUUGGAGAUCAUGAUUUGCCUGACAGCUGUAUGAACACAUUGUUUAAUUAUACAACACUUGAAAAUAACAACAUUAAAGAUAAGUACGCGGUGUUUGGGAUUUCAUAUCCCUAGGCUGUUCAUGUUUGCAGCUUUUAAAUGUUUUUGCUUCAAAAAGAAGUGGGACCAGAAGCUGAUGUGUGUUUACACCCUUGGAGUAGAGGCACAUCGAGGUGCAAAGCAGAAUUUGCCACGUUGUACCAAUGGAACCUGGAUCAAAUGAAUGUGUUUCUGAAAUAGUGUAUUUGGUGGGAGGGGAAGGGGGAGGACACCCCUUCACCCCCCCAAAUAAAACCCAGAGGAAAAAAAACCCGUACUGCUCUAGGCCUACGUUACAGGUGGACUCUGUGUCGUGAGUAUUUGGGGCAAAAAUGUUCAGCUUUGUUAUCGGGAGUGGAAGGUGCUGGUGGGGUUAAAGCAGGCUGGGCUGCUAGUGCUGGCUGUGGCCCUCCUGUGUAAAAGGCUCCUCAAAUUCUAUGUUUUGGGGUGCUUUUCAGCUACCAGUGUAUCAGACUGUAUCAGUGAUUUGGGUGGUCACUUCAGGAGGUCAUCUACCUCGAGACAGGAUGGGGCAAACUGCUAAGUUCAACAAGUUCAGCUGCCGUUCCCAGUGUGGAUGCUGUUUAGAUGGUGUGGAUACAUUAUGUUGACAGAAAUAAUUGUUCCAGUCUUUCAAAUUCAAGUCAGGGAUACAAGUGAAUCUGCAAAUAGAAAAUGAGAAGGCCACAUUCUGCUGUUGCAGGUAGCUGAAUGGUAGAGGAAGGGAGAAAACAGGUUUUCAAGGGACAGGUGGCCCGUCAGCAAGUAUAAAAUUUCUUUUACUGCUUACUAUGCAAUGUAGAGCUUUGAACUUUUCCUUUCAAAGACAUAGAGGAGCACUGUCCUUAUUCAGUAUUUAGGAACUGAACACUCUCCCAGUCUCCCUGACACUCAUUUAACAGGUAAGGAUACCUAUUUGCUGCUAUGAACUUUACUUACCUUUCAGAUAGUUCCUUUCUGUUUCUCACCUCAUCCCAUUCUCUUGAAUCACCAGACACAAUUUUGCUAUAAACACCUCCUUUUUGGAUAGUUGUUCUUUCCCUUGCUGCCCUCUUCCCACUUCCUACCUGCCAGAGUGCUGUAUUACUGUAUAUAAACCACUCCCUUUUAGUUGGACUAUUUAAAAAGCUGCAGCACAAACAAGGCUCCUUGUUUUUCUUUCACAAAAAGUUUCCUUGUUACCCUCAAUCUUCUUUCCUUUACUGCUGAGGUCAGUUCUCUUUUUUCCAAACUGCACUACUAAAACCACUAGCAGUUUUUAUGGAGGCCUGAUGUCUUUUCCUGGAUAGCUUCUAGGAUGAGACUAACAUUGGUUACUUACAAGUGUUAAACCUUCUUAUAUUCCUGCUUUUUUUACCAUUUCCUCUUGCCAGGUUAGGAUUACAGUCUAGAUAAAUACCAAACUCCUUUUUUUGUUUGAAGAACCAAUUCCCUAAACUGUUCAUAGAGUAUUGUAUUUUUAGGGGAGAUUGAUUUUUAUAGCCACUAAACUAUACUCAUUAUUUUUGUAUGUUUGCAACUUCUGACAUUUUUCAGAGACAUGUCAUGGAGGGAACACUUAUUUUCAUGGCUGUUUUACUACUUGGCUCUGCUGUGGUUGUGUUGUGUAGUACCUAGAAGCACACAUCUCCAUGUGCAAGGGAAGACAGAGAAGAAUGCAAUAAAACUGAAUGAGCUUUUGAUAAAAGGCCAUUUUUUGAAGGCAAAAAAAUAAAUAAAUUAGAAAGCAACACUAACCUUUCCUCCUUUAGAAUUCUGAAAUAUGAGAGAAAAUGUGGUGUAAAAUAUAAAAUGCAAGAUGAGAACCCUUACUGUAAGCUAACUGUGCCAAUCUCUCUUCAGUUUGUAGUCACUGAUGGAUAUUUUAGUUUUAAAUAACAGCUUUUGAUUAAAAAAAAAAAAGUUGAAUGUCUGCAAAUCUGCAACAUGUUUAUUUGAGAGUUGUAAAUAAUGUAUACAGAUUGUUGUAUGUGAUGGGACAGAAUAUUUAAAUUCUAGAUUUUUUUCAGUAAGAAACUGAAGGCUGUUUAUAAGAGAAAAUAAAUAGCUAUGUUUGACCAUGA